GGUGAGCGCGUUCAAUUCUCUCAGUUGACCUCGAGGACCGUGGGCUGACUCGGUCCGCCUAAGCUGUGGGCCCGGUCCCCUGAGGCUGGUGCGGAUGCCGGGACAAGGCGGGCAGCACGAAAAUCGAGAGCCAGGCUCGAGCACCAAACGCCCGGAUUUCGAUACACACGCGCGACGAUUGGAGAGUUGGAGCCCGGCGAGGAUUGGGACCGCCGUGGGACACCUGGACUCCGCAGAUUUUGCCAGCCGCGGUAGCCUGACGUAUUUGUCCGUCUGACCUCCUUUAUAUACGUCUCGCCUUCGGACGGGCGCGAGUUCUUUUCCUACCAGCCGUAACGCCAUGCCCGCCGUAGUCGACGCUGCCGUUCCCGAGGACGUGCAGGAGAGCCUCGCGUCCCAUUUGGACGGGGCGAUCUACUCGGACCGGGAUCAAUCUCAAUGGCGAAAUUGCAGGUUCGAUGGCGGGGACAUAGCGUUCAUUGCAGUGGCUGGCAUCCUCGUAUUCUUCAUGGUACCUGGGCUGGCCUUUCUGUAUUCGGGGCUGGCCAGGCGGAAGAGUGCUCUCACUCUGGUGUGGGCAGUAGCGGCGAGCAAUGCCGUCGUGAUCUUCCAGUGGUGGUUCUGGGGCUACUCGCUAGCGUUCUCGCCGACUGCGACGAACGGUUUCAUCGGCAACCUGCGGAGCUUCGCCCUUCGGAAGGUCUUGGACGACCCCAGUCCCGGCUCGCCGCUCAUCCCGGAGCUGCUGUACAGUUUCUACCAGAUGGAGUUCGCGUGUGUCACGGUUGGCAUCCUCAUGGGUGCACUCGUGGACCGUGGCCGCGUGAUGCCUGCCAUGAUCUUCACGUUCGUCUGGGUGACUCUCGUGUACUGUCCGCUCGCCUGCUGGGCCUGGAAUCCGAAUGGCUGGGGAUAUACUUGGGGUGUUCUCGACUACGCCGGUGGAGGUCCCGUCGAGAUCGGUAGCGGUGUCUCCGGGAUCGCCUACGCGUGGGUGCUCGGCCGGCGGAGCGAGCGCGAGCUGCUCAACUUCCGGCCGCACAAUGUCUCGUUCGUCUAUCUCGGCACGGCGAUGCUCUGGUUCGGUUGGCUGGGCUUCAACGGCGGCAGCGCGUUCGGCGCGAACCUUCGCGCCAUUCUUGCGAUUUGGAACUCGAUGCUCGCGGCGGCGAUGGCUGGCAUUGUCUGGUGCGCGCUGGAUUUCCGUCUUGAGCGCAAGUUUACGAUGGUCGGCUUUUGCUCUGGGACGAUUGCGGGUCUGGUCGCUGCUACCCCGGCCUCGGGGUACAUUCCGCAGUGGGCUGCCUUUGUGAUGGGUAUUGUUGUCGGUGCUGUAGCCAACUAUGCCACGAAGAUCAAAUUCCUUCUCCGCAUCGACGAUGCCCUUGAUCUCUAUGCUGAGCAUGCCAUUGGCGGUGUCGUCGGUCUCAUUUUCAACGCUCUUUUCGCCGACAGCGCGCUCAUCGCGCUCGACGGCGUCAACACGUCUGUUCCGGGAGGGUGGAUCGAGGGCAACUGGAAGCAGCUCUACAUCCAGGUCGCCUACAUCUUCGCAACAUGCGGCUACGCCUUCGUCGUGACCGCUCUCAUCGCCAAGGCCAUCGAUGUUAUCCCUGGUCUGGCCCUGCGCACGAACCCAGAGAUGGAGGCGAUUGGUAUGGAUGACGCCCAGAUUGGUGAGUUCGCGACGGACUACAUCGAAGUUCGCCGGCACUACUCGGACUGGACGCCGUCGGCCAACGGAAAGGGUUCUGACACGAAGGUGUCUGAGACGGACUCUCGCACGCCACUCGCUGCGGGCGACCGGCAUGGGCGACCGGAUCUAUCUGCCGAGGGGCCUAAGGAGGGCGGGAGGAGCCAUACACCAUCGAGAGAACGGAGUCUGGAGAGGGGUGUGGAUGCCCUGCGCUGGGGCCGAAAGAGCUCUGACGAGGGACGGGCGCACUUCACAGCGGGCGACCGACAUGGGUCGACUGAGCUGGCACCCCGGAGUAGGAGUCGAGGAAGGGCUGGCACGAAACCUGACCUCGAACCAAUCACCGAGAAGGAGAAUGGGGCGCCAGAGAAGCAUGAAUGAAUGGGUGGUGUCACGAAUAUCACGACGACGAAGGCCUGCACGGAUGUUAGAUCUUCUUCGAGUCCCUUCGGCGUGCCUGCCGCGUCGAGCACAGCGUUUGUAAAAGUACUCAACAUAACAUUGUCUAACAUCUGCAUACAGUACGCCGUUUUGUAUCGUAACCUAUGGGUCAGCCUAGAUGCCGAUACCUGUACUAGGCUCCGUCGAUUUUUUGCAUUAAUAUUGCUGUCAACUUGCAUGGCUCAGACCACUCCUACCCGGGCU